AUGACCCCAUUUCCUGUUGACAUCAAACCAGGUCAUAAGAUACACAAACUGGAGAAAGGAGGAAUAGAUGAUCCUGAGGUGGAAGAUCUCUCCAUACCUGAUGCCAUACUGCAACUUGAGCAGGCCAGGCUGCUCUGCUGUAAGUUUCUGGAGCGAGAACUACAUCUCAGUAACUGUUUGGGCAUGAUGUCCUACGCCUGGCACCUGGGCUGUUCACAGCUCUACAGAGCAGCUCGACAGGUAGCCCUCACUCACUUCUCUGCUCUAAUCACAGAUGAAGACUUCAUGUUGGGCAGAUCACUGCCAAGGACCAGAGGAAGGGAGACUCUCUUUGUGUUGGGUGGUCCACACGAUCAGGACACACAAGCUCUGUACCAGUUCCAUCCUCUGACUGGACGAUGGCAGAGCUGUGCCCCUCUGGAAAGGAAGAAUCUUACACAGUAUUCAAUGGCAGCUGUAGGAGACAGUGUUGUUGUUACUGGUGGAUACUUCAGAGACGUGUUGUGGUUCAGUGUGGACUGGGUGCUCAUCUACAACUCUGGAAGCCAACGGUGGACAGAGGGUCCUGCUCUGCAGAAGUCUCGUCACAGUCACUGCUCUGUGGGGCUUGGUGAUUUACUCUUUGUGAUGGGAGGCUCCAUGGAUGAAUGCCUAGUGAAUGAUGUAGAGAGGCUGGACCUUGGCUCAGGAGGCUGGGUGUCUGUUAGCCCUAUGAUCCGGGCAGUGGAGAGGGCUGCAGCUGCUGCUCUGGGCUCUAACAUCUAUGUAGCCUGUGGGCUGGAUGAGAAUGGAGAGGCCUAUGGGGGAGUCCAGAGGUAUGUGGUGGAACACGACCAGUGGGAUGUAGUGUCUUAUUCUCCCUAUCCACGGUAUGACCUGGUUGCCACUGAGCUCAAUGGUGCCCUUUACUUGUUUGGAGGAUAUUCUCUGCGCUUUGAUGUGGACACAGACGAGUGGACUCUGCUAGAGGAGGACUGUCUGGAGAAGAAAUUCUUCAGUGGCUGUACCACUGUCCUGGGGCAGAUAUAUUUGGUCAGUGAGAAGAAGGGCAACAAAGGCGUUCCGAACAUGGUGCUCCUGGACCCUUACAUAGACACAUGCCUGGAGGUUGAUAACGCUAUACCCUGCUCUGUUCCAAUCAGAGGUUCUGUCACAAUGAAGAUGAGCUCGUUGAGACUCUGA